AUAAUGGCAAAAAACUGAUGAAUUUUCUGUCUUGUUCUAUCGGUCAGAUCAAUUGUAAUGUCGUAUCAACUCAAUUGUCAUGUCUUGACAUCGAACACGCUGGUCAAGAGGCUAUGGUUUCUUUAAAUUCCAGAAAGCGAAAGCGGAAGGAGAAGAAACCUCAGCCUCUCAACCACAGAGAACGAGCCGCCGAUCAAUGCCAUCAGGAAGUGAGACCUUUUUUAGCUUUUAGAGGUUGUGAGCCAUUUGAAGGGGAAUUUGGGUCCUUCAACAUCGUCUCCUGGAGCUGAACAGUCACUUGUUGAACUCGGGCGGGUCUGGCGGGCACCGAUCUAUGAGAGAUUACUCAUAAUACAUUUCAGAUUUCAAAUGGAUAAGAAGCUAAAGUGUCCACUAGAAAGGCCAUCUUUUAGAGUGUUCCUUAUUGGUGAUGACUUCUCUCAGCAUCUGCGUAUACCACCUGCAUUUAUCAAGAACUUCAAUGGACGAAGACUUGGAAAAUGUACUAUGAGAGGCCCUACUGGAAAAUGUUGGGCCGUGGAACUGGAACAGAGACGGGAUGGCUUGUUCUUCCAUAAGGGUUGGCCUGGUUUUGUGAAGGAUCAUUUUAUAGAAUCUGAGGACUUCCUGAUCUUCGAUUAUGAUGGUGGCUCAGAGUUUGAUGUCACCAUCUAUGACAAAACUUGUUGCGAGAAGGAUGUAAAAGCAGCAGCCAAGAGGCAUGCAAGUGAUCAUUUGGCAGAAACAUCAACUGGGGGGCCCAUCUUGUUCAGAUCGGAGAAUGCGUGUUUUACAAAAACUUUUAAGCCCCAUAAUCUAUAUAGUUUAUUGAUUCCAAAGUCUAUAGCCGUAACUGAAGGACUUAUGAGCUCUGAAGGCAUUUUGAUCAAAGACACUAUAAUGCUUCAAGAUCGAACCGGGAGAUCGUGGCUUGUUCAACUUGAUGUCACCAGUGAUGGUCGUUUGAUGAUGAAAAGAGGAUGGACGACAUGUCGAGAGACAAACCAGAUUUCACAUGGGGACACCAUCAUUUUUGAGUUUGUGAAGCAAGGUGUGACACUACUUCAUAUUUUCAGAGGCAGAGGCGAAGGCAGUAGCUCUUCUGUGGUGGUUCUUUCAGGCGUUCUGCCCCGGAAGUCCAGUCAAAACCCAUAGCCAGUUAGUUAACUGCAAGUUUUCACCUAUGGCCAGUUAUUUUGAGUUUUAAGUGUUGCAGUCGGAAUUGUUCUUCUCUUUCCGAAGAGAAGCGUUUUGCAGAGAAAUCUCACUGUGAUGAGAGUACCAGAUAAAACGAAUAUGCUUGCUGAA